UCUAUAAAGACGGGACAUGGUUUAGACCCCAGCAGCAGGCAGCAGCUGUGGGUCUCCGGUCCCAGCUCCGCGUGGCUACUGCUCGAGCUCACACCCUCUGCUACCCAGCGCCAUGGAGGUCCCUGCUGCUGGCCUGGCCGUCCUGCUUCUCACUGCGGCACUCUGUUCCCAGACCUCCUCUUCCUUUUUUGGUGCUGACACCCCGACCUCCUGCUGCUUCUUCUAUGUCUCUCGGCAGAUUCCUCGGAAAUUUGUGGUCGACUAUUAUGAGACCAGCAGCCAGUGCUCCAAGCCCGGUGUCAUUUUCCAAACCAAAAAAGGCCGACAGAUCUGUGCCCACCCGAGGGAGGCCUGGGUCCAGGAGUACAUCAGCAACAUGGAGCUGAAUGCCUGAGUGGCCUGGAAGCUACAAGGAAGGUUUUACCUCUGUGUGAAG